UGAUAGUUAUGUCAGAAGUGAAAUUCUAUAUUUUCAAUUCAAAUUUGUGUUAAAACUAUACCUUUAGUGCAUACAUGAGGAAUAAUUAUAAAGUAUUUUAGGCCAACUAGAGUUCUGUGACAGUCAAUUUAUAUAAAGUGAUGAGUUUCAAAAAUAAUCUUUGGUUAGCUGUGAAGUUUUACUGGAAGGCUGUUUUCAUAAUUAUCUACCCUUUACUUCUUCUUCCUAUUUUCCUUAUUUAUGACAAUAUUCCAAAUAGAUGUAUUUAUGUGAUAGUCCUGAUGGCAGGACUCUGGAUAACAGAAGCACUUCCGAUUCCAAUCACCAGUUUCAUUCCUAUUGCUUUCUUUCCGUCUAUGGGAAUCUUGGAUUCUCGGCAGACUGUAGGGUGCUAUAUAACAGAACCCACUAUUUUAUUAAUUGCUGGUUAUAUGCUAGCUCUGGCUGUUCAAUGCAGUAAUUUACAGCUGAGAGUUUCUCUUCAUAUCAUCAAGAUGAUUGGUUUUAGUCCGAGAAAACUUCAUGUAGGAUUCACAUGUGUUACAAUGUUCAUAUCAAUGUGGAUUUCUAAUACUGCAACUACAGCCUUGAUGAUACCUAUAGUUUUUACAACACUAAAGGAACUUCAAGAACAUGGUAUAGGUAGAAUAUAUGAGGAGGAAGUUCCCGAAGAACAAGAUGAAGAAGGACCAGGUGAGCAGACCAGGCGUCCAACAAGAUCAACCAUGGGAUUUUUUAUCACAAUAGCUUAUGCAGCAUCAAUAGGUGGUACUGGAUAUCUAACUGGAAAUGCUAGCAAUUUGGCAUACAAGGGCAUCUAUGAAACAACUUACCCAAACCUCAAGGUUAAUAGUGGCCAUUGGCUCUUGUUGUGUGUACCCUUUAUGUUGAUAACAACGUUCUUAACUUUCAUCUGGAUUGAACUUUUAUACAUGGGCCUCUUCAGGCCGAAUUCUUCUGCUGCUCAAGAAUUUCGAGCCUCAACGGAAGAUACUUUGGCUGCAAAAACUUAUAUCGAGGAAAAACUUCGAACUAUGGGUUGGAUAUCAUUCCACGAGAUAGCAGUCGCUAUAUGUUUUGUUACUGCAAUUUUGUUAUGGGUUUUGAGGCAACCACAAUUUUUUCCUGGCUGGGCAGAUCUUUGGGUAUCAUCUGGCACAACGGUAAAAGAUGCUACUGCUGCGAUCGCCAUUCUACUGGUUAUAUUCCUAGUGCCUAGAACUGUUAAAUGUUUCUACAUAUUUAGUUCCGAAGAAGAAAAAAAACCGACGAGUCACUCAAACGGUCUGUUGACAUGGAAGUACGCAUUGAGGCGGCUCCCAUGGUCAUUGAUAUUUGUGAUAGGAGCAGCUUUCGCCAUCGCCGAAGGAAGCCACAAAAGUGGAUUGAGUGAAAGAAUGACCAGAGAUCUAGAAGGAAUGGAAACAUAUUCUCCAUUUGGUGUUCUAGCUGUUUCAGCGCUUGUGGCUACAGUAAUGACCCAACUGACCACUAAUAUUGCUGUAUGUGUGAUGUUGAUACCAAUAUUGGCUACAGUUGCAAAGGCUACUGAUGUUCACCCACAAUACAUAAUGUGGCCUUCUACCAUCGCAUGUUCUUUUGCCUACCUUUUUCCCGUUUCAACUCCGCCGAAUGCAUUGAUCGCCAGUCAUAUAAAUUUACCAACAAUAGAAUUGAUCAAGGCAGGAAUUGGAGUGGCCAUAAUUUCCUAUUUGGUGCUACUUCUCAUCUUCGCAGUAUUUUUGCCAUUCCUCAUGGAUAUCAAUAAAUUUCCAUUGGAUGCUUAUAUGGGUCUAGAUGCUGGCAUAACGACGACGGAAGAAGGAUGAAUUAUUAGCAGAUACAGAGUGAGCAAAUAUGGAAUAAGUAUUUCUGUUAGGAAUAUAUUUGUUCUCUAUUUAAAUUAUAAUAUAUUAUUGCAUUUUUGAUUGA